AUGUCUGAAAGUAUCGAUAAGCUUGCCUCCUAUUUGACUACUUCUCAAAACAAAAUUUUAAAAUCGUUUUUCCCAAAUGAAAUCCAAUUUAAUUUGUCGACACGAAAAGGUGUUUUUCCUUAUGAGUAUUUAGAUUCUUGGGAGAAACUUAAAGAUGAAAAUUUACCUCCUAAAAAUGCUUUUUAUAGCACUCUUACUAAAACACAUAUUAGUGAUGAUGAUUACAAUCAUGCAUGCAACAUAUGGACAGAAUUUCAUAAUAAUACGUUAAAAGAUUUUUCGGAAAUUUAUCUAACUACAGACGUAUUAUUAUUAGGUGAUAUUGUUGAAAAUUUUCGGGAAACUUCUUUAAAAACAUAUGGCUUAGAUCCUCUUCACUAUUACACAGCUCCAGGAUUAUCAUUUGAUGCAUGUCUUAAGAUUACUGGAGUAGAAAUUGAGUUAUUAGAUGACAUAGAUAAAGUAAUGUUUAUCGAACGAGGUCUACGAGGAGGAAUUUCACAAGUAUCCAAUAGAUAUGGCAAAGCAAAUAACAAAUAUAUGAGUAAAGACUAUAAUGAACAAGAUCGUGAUUCCUACUUAAUAUAUUGGGAUUUUGUAAAUUUAUAUGGUACAAUAAUGUGUUUUUCUCUACCUUAUGGAGGUUUUGAAUGGAUAGAUCCUAAUGUGAUGCCAGAUAUUACAACCGUUGAUAAAAACUCUGAUAUCGGAUAUAUAUUAGAAUGUGACAUUAUUUAUUCAAAAGAACUAUUUAAUAUACACAAAGAUUUACCCUUAUGUCCUGAACAUCUAAUACCACCAAAAUCAAAAUCCAAAGUAACAAAAUUAUUAACAACUUUAUUUGAUAAAAAACACUAUAUAAUUCAUUACAGAGCUCUUCAACAAGCAGUAACACUAGGUUUAAAACUUGAUAAAAUUUACAGAGUCUUAAAAUUCAAUCAGGCACCUUGGGUGAAGAAAUAUGUUGAUCUAAAUACAGAACUUAGGAAAAAAAGUAAAAAUGAAUUUGAAUCAAAUAAUUACAAAAUGAUGACAAAUUCCUUCUUCGGUAAGACCUGUGAAAAUGUACGUAAAUACAAGGACUGUAAAUUACUAUCAAAGUGGGAAGGCCGUUAUGGUGUUCGAAAUUACAUUUCAAAACCCAAUUUUCAUAGUCUAUCUAUUAUUAAUGAAAAUCUUGUAGUUGUAGAAAUGAAGCGAACACAAAUAACAUUUAAUAAACCUCUUUUUAUAGGUUUUUCUAUUUUAGAUUUAUCUAAAGUUUGGUUGUACGACUUCCAUUAUAACUAUACUAAAAACAAAUUUGGAGAUAACGCAAAACUCCUUUAUUGUGACACUGACUCUUUAAUUUAUCAUAUUUUCGACGAAAAUGUAUAG